UGCUGCUGCUGGCGAAAUGACAACACACGCCUGCUGUGCUCCGGACAGAGGCGCUGCUGCUUUAUCAGUGGCCGGCCGCCGGGGUUGAGUCUCGAGCCCAAGCCAGAGAUAAGCCAGUCGGUAGCACAUGCUGCUCAAACAACAAUCGUCCCGGCCCAGCAGCUCCACCGAGGGACACGCGCGAGUUGCUUUGCAGAUUUCCUGGAUGAGAAAAUGAAGCAUGUGACCAGCGUUGCUAUUAUGUGAGAGGCACGGCAACUAUGGAUACAAUCACCAGGCGGUGCUGCUGAGAGCAUGAAUUUGUACCGCAAGUUUUCGCUGAUGGCGGUCUUUGCUCUGGGCCUGUUCGCCGUGCAGUACCACCUGCUGACCACGUGGUGGGUCCAGGGCGUCCGAUCCGAGGCGCCGCUCUCCGUCGUCCGGCUCUCCCUCGACAGAUUGCAGCUCUCGCCAGAACUCACCGCAGCCGUUUCACAGGAACACCUCCGGAGAAUCGUCGAGGAGGUGAGCCAGCAGAUGGUCCAAGUACUGCCGGAGUGCGUGCCGGUGGCCGCGGCGACGACGGCGCGGCCCAAGGUAGUGGAGCCGCUGCCGCCCAAAUUGUACAUCAUCACCCCCACGUACCGCCGGCCGGAGCAGCAGCCCGAGAUGACCAGACUGUCCCAAACGCUUCUGCACGUCAAGAACAUCAAGUGGCUGGUCAUCGAGGACGCGGCGGCGCCCACGCCAGAAAUCACUCGCCUGCUCAAACGCACCGGAAUCGAUUUCGAGCACCUCGUCGCUCCAAUGCCGGCCAAGUAUAAAAACAAAAAGGGCAGCAAGCCAAGAGGGGUUUCCAACAGAAACAAGGGCAUAGAAUGGAUCAAGGCCAACGCCGUCGACGGGGUCAUGUACUUUGCAGACGACGACAACACCUACGACGUCAGAAUUUUCGAACAGAUGCGACACACCAAGAAGGUGUCGAUGUGGCCGGUCGGUUUGCUGACCAAGUUUGGACUGAGCACGCCGGUGGUCAAGAACGGCAAGUUCCGCGGCUUCUACGACGGCUGGAUCGCCGGUCGCAAGUUCCCCGUCGACAUGGCCGAGUUUGCCGUCAACGUCAAAUUUUUACUCAAGAGGCCAAAAGCUGCCAUGCCUUACAAGCCAGGGUUCGAGGAGGACGGUUUUCUGAAGAGCCUGGCGCCCUUCGACCCGAAGGAAGUCGAGCUCCUCGCCAACAACUGCAGCGAGAUUCUGGUGUGGCACACACAGUCGAAGAAGAAUCCGCCGUCUGCGCCGUUGAAUGAGACGCUCUACAAGGACACUAAUCUGAUUGAGCUUAAAAAGCACAUGGUGUAGCGGACGCGCUCUGCUCUCUGUGAAUGACACUAUACUCUGCAGCGUUGUGACUUUUCUCUCUAUCUCCAGCAUUAAUUAGCAUGUAAUGGAAAAAAUAAGCAGCGGUCAACUCUCCUCUAAACUGUAAUUAUAUUUCAACGAAUAUAUAAAAUUAACUUACGUGUACAUAUGUAUGUGAAUGUGACAAUUUCCUACUGCCUCUCCAUUAAGAAAUAAAAACACGAACAUUGUGAUAAUUUCCGUAAAAUUAAGUAUGAUGCAUAAAAUAAAAAUGAGCCUCCUGAUGAAAAAAAACUUUCUCGCCGAACAAGUGCGAAUUUUCGGUGUAAAAAUUAAUGAAAUUUCUGCAAGUCCCACUCCAGCAUCAAUUAUCUAAUAGCAUUCUUUGUUAAUUUUCAAAGACAAUCCAUCUAAUUGAUUGUUACAUAAUUCUCGUUCAUAAACUUAUAUAUUUGCUCGGCUGCUUUUAAUACAAUUUUGUGGCAUUUCGCCGUCUCAUCAAAUAUAUCUGUCGAUUUUAAAUUAAUGUGUAUAUAAAAACGUGAGAGGUGAAGAAAUUAAUACAAAUGACUGAAAAUCAGUAGCUGCAAACCAUUGAAAAAUAAUAAUGUGGUCGAAAUCAAAAUAACUGUGAAAAAGCAAAAAGGCCUGUCUUGAAUUGUGAAAAAAAUUAUUGUAUAUGAGUUGUAGCCAAAUAUUUAGUUUUUGAGAGACAAAAAUGACUCUUACUACGAUGAUCCCUGAAAGACUUUUGAAAUAUUACACUAAUAAAAUGUAGCGGGUAACUAUUAAAAAUUAAA